AUGAAGCUGAACUUCCUCCUCGCUGCUGCUCUGGCCACCUGCGCCAUGGCUGCUUCCAGCACCACUGAGACCAGCACCAAGACUGAGCAUCACACCACCAAGACCAAGACCGAGACCGCCAAGGCCAGCGCUACCACUCACUCUACCUCCAAGUCCAAGGGCGCUGCUGCCCCUACCAUGGGUGCCGAUAUCCUCGGAAUGGCUGGCAUUGCUGGUAUUGCCGUUGCCAUGGCCAUCUAA